AUGUCGAGGCAAGUCGAUAAAUUACCACCUCCUAGUGAAAUUCGAAGGAAGAAAGUGAUCGUUGCAAGUCCAAGUCGUUCGGGAACACUGGGACUCUAUGGCGCAAUGAAAAUCUUGGGCUAUCGCCCCUAUCACCUUUACGAAUGCCUCUUUGUCCAUGGCGCAACCCAUAUGAAAAUCUUCAAGCAAGCUGUGAUCGCUCAAUUCAAUUGGCUAUCCGGCGUAAGACGACUGAAGAAACCCGACUGCGAGAAGUGGCUAGCCGACUAUGAUUGUAUUAUUGAGAUUCCGAGCUACUUCGGAAUGGACGUGAUUGAGGCUUACGCAGAAGAUCCCGAUGUUAAAUUUAUCCUUACGGAGAGGGAUCCUAGGAAGUGGGCCCAAUCAUUCAACAACACAAGCGCGAAAGUAGUCGCUAUGGGAAGCAGCUUCCCAUGCAACAUUUUGAAGUAUUUUCAUUCCGAUAUCUACCACUUCAUGGAUAUGAAUGCACUGGUGUAUCGGGCUCUAGCGGGUGCGACAAAACCAGGCGACCCAGAGAAUGAGGACAUGCUAUGUGAAUAUUAUUCCUCAUAUAUAAAAAGAGCCAAGUCGAUAAUUCCGGAAGAUCGCCUGUGUCUUAUUCAGCUCGAAGAUGGGAUUGACUGGGAAGCCAUCUGCCCAUUCCUGGGUGUACCAGUUCCAAAGGAAGACUACCCAGAUCGAAACCAACCCGAGAAGUUCGCAUUCCUGCUAAAUGAAUAUCUACAGCCAAAAGUUCGAACCGCAAUGUUUAGAUUUGGUGCUGUGGCUGUUGCUGCGCUCGGGAUUAUCGGGUGGACAGCCAUUACAAAUGGGCCAUCCUUACUUCCACGAUUCAUGGGAAUCUCACCACCUUGA